UUUCCCCCAAAAAGCCGUAUUCUGCUGUGAUGCCGAGGGUCGGCCUCCAGCAGAAGCGGUCCGCAGUGUGGCUCAAAGCACAGAAGACAUGGGGUGUCUUCGGGGGGUGUCGUCCGUGCGACAUCAGCAGCAGCAGCAGUGGAAGCCGUGACCGCGUCGGAAUGCUGUGGACAGAGAAACAUGUCACGUGAAUUCUAUACGCAUACAGUGGCAGGACCUGGAGGUCGUCUGAUGGUCGCGAAGAGACCAGAAUAUUUUGGGCAGGUGGUGGCGGCUCUGGCUGUGUCUUUGGGACCGUUCGCAGCAGGAUUGGGAAAGGGCUACAGCUCUCCUGCGAUAGCCUCCCUUCAGCAACGCGACGCCGAAGCUUUCCCGCUCAAUGGACAGCAGGCCUCGUGGUUGGCGAGUCUCUCGCUUCUGGGUGCCCUCUUCGGAGCGCCCAUCGGGGGAGCAGCGAUGCGCUGGGGACGCCGUCGCACACUCAUCUUGGCAGGAAUCCCGCUGUCAAUUUGCUGGCUUAUUACCGUCUUUGCGGCGAACGUAGAGGUGAUGUGCUUCUCGGCUUUCAUGAGCGGUUUUCUGGUGGCCGUUGUGCAGCUAGCAGCUCAGGUCUACGUAAGCGAAAUCGCCGCUCCAAACAUCCGUGGUGGAUUGAGCGCCCUCACCAAGGUUGCAGGACAUGCAGGAGUACUGAUAGCAUUCGCAGCUGGUGCAUUCCUCGAUUGGAGACAGUUGGCAGGGCUCAUCUCGCUUGCGCCGACGGCGAUGUGCGUGGCCAUGCUCAAGGUGCCAGAAAGUCCUGGGUGGUUGGUGCUACGAGGUAGAAAUGAAGAAGCUGAACAGGCUCUUCGAUGGCUUCGUGGAGGAACAGCAGACCUCAGAGUUGAGUUAGGAGCUUUACAUGCUCACGUCCUUUCGAGGACGAUGCCCGUUAAUCCUCGCCUCCUCAUUCGCACCCUGCGCGACCCCGCUUUAAUAGCAUGCGGCCUGAUGUUCUUUCAACGAUUCUCCGGUGCGAACGCCUUCAACUUCUACGUGGUGAGCGUCUUCAGACAAACGUUCGGAGGUACAAACCCGCACAGCGCGGCUGUGGCCGUCGCUCUAGUACAGUUGCUCUCAUCAUUGCUAUCCGGACUGCUCGUCGAUCGUGCAGGAAGACUUCCUCUGCUGGUAGCCUCCAGCGUGCUCAUGAUUCUGGCCUUAGCUUCUUUCGGUUCUUUCGCCUACUACGAAGAUGCUAACCCCAAAGCUCAGCCCCAGCUGGAUUGGAUUCCGUUGCUGUGUGUGCUAGUAUUUACCGUGGCCUUCUCUUUAGGUAUAAGCCCCAUAUCGUGGCUCCUCGUCAGUGAGCUUUUCUCCUUGGAGCAUCGAGGUUUCGGCACAGCCCUCGCAACGGCCUUCAGCUACCUCUGCGCUUUCAUAGGUGUUAAAACGUUCAUCGACUUCCAAGAACUUCUUGGUCUCUACGGCGCUUUCUGGCUGUACGCGGCCAUCUCCAUCUGUGGCCUCGCAUUCGUCAUCAGCUGCGUUCCUGAGACCAAGGGCCAGGACCUCCAGGAAAUCAAAACCACCAGGUGAUCAAUUAUUAUCAGAGCUAACGAAUCCAAAUGCAAGAUGGAAAUGAUAUUUGUACAACGCUUUCAUAGAUUCCCGUCGAGACGUAAAUCCCCUCACGUCUCGCAACCAAUUCAGAGAGUUUUAUUUCCGCGACUACUCAUAUUUGAAGCGUCUAAUAUCGAAAUCCCGCAAAUCGGUAACAAAAAAACUCUACAAACAUCCCACAAUAUUGAAACUAAAAUCAAUUUAAAAUCAAAAUCUCUACUUACCUAAAACCCAUUCAAUUAUAUAAUAUAAUUAAAACAAAGAAACGAAAUUACAUUUUCAGUCACAAACAAGUACAUUCUCCUACAAUAAUAAUUUCUGUUAUAAAUCAUUUUUUUAUUGAAUAGACUAAAACUUCCAGACAAACAUUAUUAUGAAGUAUAAGAGGAAAGCAUUUUGAU